AUGGUUGUUCACAUGAUUUGCCGCAACCUCCAAGAGGAUUUGUUGCUUCAUGUCUCCCAGUCGGUUGACCGAAAAGCCCAAAAGGUGUUUGUGCAAGGGUCGUUGCCUGCAACCACCACGGUUGCCCUGAUAGACGUGCAGGUCACCAAUGUCUGUCCCGUCUCUGUGUCUGUCGAUGCAGAUGCCACUGUCUUGCCAGUCCCUCAGUGUCAAGCAUCCGACCUCACUAAAGUAGUUGAGUUGUGUUCAGGUAUUGGGGUUUGGUCCAGUGUCGCAGCCAGAGUCCAGUUGUCGGCCUGUGUAGGAGUAGAUCACAACCCAAUCUGGGAGCCACUUUUUAAGACCUUACAUGAAGGAGACACGGCAUUUGUCUGUGGUGAUCUUGCGUCCACUGAAGUUGUCAAGCAGUUGUCCGACAAGGGUUGUCACCAUGGAAUUCUUGCCGCAGGGAUCAGUUGUCAACCGCACAGUGCCCUAGGUGAUCGCAAGAGCAUGCAGGAUGACCGGGCAGACACUUUGCCCCGAGCACUCUACACAGCAUGGAUGCUGCAAUCAGCUGUGGUUCUCUUGGAAUGUGUCCCUGGGGUGCUCAAUGACAGUGCUUUUCAGGAAGUUCUGAAGCGGUUUGUUUCUCUGACUGGUUUCCGUCUUUGUCAGACUAUCCUCCGGUUGUCUGAUUCCUGGUGUUCUCGUCGUGACCGUUGGUUUGGUGUGCUCUCAGCUCCUAUUUUGGGUCCUUUGGAUUUGCCGCCUAUGCCGCCAUUAGGUCUGUGUCCCAAGGUGUCCUCCCUUUUUCCUGAGUACCCUCUCUUGGCGCAUGGAGAUCUUCAACAACUCCAGCUCAAUCUGUAUGAGCUUAGCAAGUAUCAUGCAUAUGCCGUGAAUGGGGUCAACAAUUGCUAUCUGCACUUGGAAGGUGUGGCACCGACGCUGCUUCACAGCGCAGGGAACCAGAUGUAUGUGUGUGCCUGUGGUUGCCGCCCGGCUUUGUCGGAAGCCAGAUUGCAAAGCAAGGGUUUGGUGGGCAUUUUGAUUCCCUUAGGAACCUUCCAAAAGCAUAUGCACAUUGACAUGCAGCAUUGUAGGUACUUGCACCCGGCAGAGAUGUUUGCUCUUUUGGGAGGUUUCCCUACUGCUGACUUUGGUCCUAAUUUGAGGUUAGCUAUGUCAGGGGUAGGUCAGUGCGUGGCCCCUUUGCAAGCUUUGUGGACUUUUGCCCAUGUGCGCAAGUUGCUUGAUGGUUUCCUUGGACGCUCCCAAUGCCAACCAGACACAAUUGUCCGGGAAUAUGCAGCUGAGGUUUUGCAGGCGUGUGCAGUCAAGUGGCCCUCCACACCAGUGCCAAUGCCAGGGUCCCCUGAUCCUAUUGAAGAUGCCACUCCGGUGAACGAUUCUCCGGUUGCCACCAGACCGGAAAUUCAGGUUGAGGUGCGCUGGCAUCAAGAUGCUACAGUUCAUGCAGUGACAUGUGCGCCACAAACCACGGCUCGACAUGUACUUGAAGCAGAGCAGGCUAUUCAUGGUCAUGCAGUUGCGGAUGCGGUUUGGGUAGCAGGUUCUGCUGUGUCUGAUCAGGUCCCUCCGGCCUCAGGCGAUUGGAAUGUCUAUGCUGUGUCAACCCUGACAGCCUUGCAUGGGCAACGUCAGGAACUCAUGCCUAGGUCUGAACGACUUCAAAUCCUGCAGCAACAGGGUCUGGUGUGGGGAGAUGAUGAACUUUUGCAUGGUUUGCAUCAGAUUGCCAAAGAAACGGGAGUGGAUCAGAAGGUCCAUGUGUGGGACCCCUUGUUGGUGUCUGGGCUCUUCGUUGACAGUCAAAGUCGCACUUGGCAUGAGUUGAUUGCCGCUUUGGGAGUGGAAGCCACGGCCAUUUCAGCGUUUGUCCUGGACACUCACUGGUAUCCAUUGGUGUGGCGGAUGGAUGGCUCUUGCACUAAGCUUUUUACUUGUGGAGUGGUUGCUCAACAUAGUGCAGCUUUGGAUUUCUUGAACAAGAUUGUUGGUGUCCAUCGGUCUGGUGAAAUCAUGCAGUGGUCUUCCCUUGAUUUGGGUUUUCUGCCUGUUUCUCACUGUGGUGCGGUUGCUUUGGCUUUUGUCAAGCACUUGUUGUGGGGGGAUCCUAUGAUCACCACUGAGGCACAGGUGUCUGAGGUUGCUCAGUCUCUGCGUAUGGACUUUGCACAUGCCCUCACGGAGGAGUGUCUCAAACCACGUCUUGCAGCCCUUGGACUUGAACCCAUUGGACUUUUGGGAGAGCUUUUGAUGCAGCAUGGGGUCCCGGUUGAGGAUGUUUCUCAAAGGGUUGGUUUGAUUCAGAAAGCCUUGGGGGAUAAAGCAAUAGUAGAAGCCAUGAAAGCAACCAACCCUUGGCAAGAACUCAAGUGGCAUGCCAAUCAGCAGCGCCCACCUUUGACGCUGAUCAAGCCAUCUGAAUUGCAGAGUACCAUUGCCAAGCGCAUUGAGAAACCGGUUGGAUCCAAGCGUCACAAAUCUGGCAAAGGCAAAGGUCGAGGUAAGUCCGCCAGAAGCAUGUUUCCCACCAAGCUUGAUCCCAACAUGUUGCGAGUUGACACCGGGUUGUUUCAGACCAAAGAAGGUAUGCCUCUGGCGCAAGUAUCCUUGGCAGGGUGGACUGCUGAUGCAUCGGGUGUGGUUUUGACUUCUCUGGCUUUAGCGUUGCCCUAUCUGCAGACCAACCAGCCACUGUCCACAGGUGCUCUUGGGUUCUUGGUGUUGGAUUGUCAUGAUGCCCCUCCUACGGAUCGUCACUGUGAAGCUGUGCGUGUGCCACUUGUUUGUGCGACCAACUCCGAGCCUGUGCUUGCUGAUGCCUUCCUGGUACAGUUUGGUGCUAUUCCUGUGGUGCGUGCUCCGGCUGUUGUGGACUGUGCUAUCCAAACGGUUGCGACUUGUGUGGUCAAGGCCAUGGUGUAUCGAGACAUGACGGUUGAAGAUUGGACUUUGGUGGUCGCUCACCCUUUGAAGCACGUGUUUUCCAAGAUUCCUCCGCUGCAGGUUUGUCAGGAAUCUGAAUGCCUGGGGUGUGAAGCUUGGCAUCAUACCCCUCAGUAUCCUAUGGAGGAGCCAGUGGUUGAACUUUGGGGGAAACAAUGGCUCUACCUGAAUUUUACUCACAGUUCCCCCGACAAAGCAGAGGUUUUUUCAGUUCACCUUAGGGUGCCUGAGAUGUUGCAGCAUGCAGUUCAGGAGUUCAGUGGGUAUGCAGGGGUGUUCCUCGAGCCCAAGUCCCUAGAUGGACGCAAGCCUAGCGAGUUGUACCAAGUCAUUUGGUUCCCAAAAGCCUCUAUGGACCAACUGGUCAUCCAGCGCCAAACAAUCAAGGAAGUCUGCGGCAUCGCCCGCAUGGGCAACAAGUUGGGUUUGAGAUGCAAAGCUGAACAUGCGGCGUUGGUUUUCCAGACAACCAAGCCAGGGAUGACGUAUUUGCCUGCCGGUAGGCGCCAAGUUUUCCGGGUAGGCCCUUUUCCUUUUGGUACUUUGAAGCAUUCUGUUGGGGUUGCCUUGGAGAAGAAAGGAUGGACCGCCCGUCCACUGCAACCGCUGCCUGCAGGGGCGCAUGUGCAAGGUUUGAUGUAUAAGGUGCAGGCAGUCACAGAGCCGCCAGCCAAGGUGUUGCAGAUGGCCCAUGGUGAUGUCGUCGUUACACGAGAGGACAUGGAGGAGAAGAUGGUGGUUGAAGGACCCAAGGUGGUGGCAGCCCCAGCCACCAUGGCUAUGGUGGCGAAAGAUCAGACCCAGGGUGAUGAGUUGCAGAUCAAUGACCCUUGGGCACGCCCUGCCAAACCAGAUCGCAAAGUGCCCACCUUUGCAAUUGGCAGCCCGGUUGAAGAUAUGGAGUCCCGAAUUGUAGCUCAGGUCUUGGCCCAGUUGCCCAAAACAGCCAUGGAAGUUGACAGCACUGAGCCGCAUGAUGCGCGACUCAAUGUGUUAGAACAGCAGGUCACUGAUUUGCACCAGCACACCACGCAAAUCCAGCAAUGUCUGCAGCAACAAGCCAGCGACCAUGCCAGUCAGUUUCACGAUUUGCAACAGCAGGUCACCACUCAAGGGGCCCAUUUUGACACGGCACUUGCAGCCCAGGCCACUCAUUUGCAAGGAUUCAAAGAUUCCUUUCAGGUAGAAGACCUUUCAGUUUUGCGUUUGCCUGGGUUAGACCUUUUCGAUGCGCAGCAGCUUGAAGAGGCUCCUGGGGCCAAUCAGGUGUGGACUUGCAACAGUCAAGGGGAUUGGUGUCAGCCCACUUGGACUUGCCGGGCACUCUCAGAUUGUGUGGACUUUUGUUUGGAUCCUCGGUGUCAUGUUUUGCGGCUCUGUCUGGUGGUGUUUGUCUUGGUCGGUUUUCUGGUGCAAUUCCUGAGGUGCCUCAUUUGUCUACGGCGUUGGUCUUGUCAUGGCUUUCAGACCAUUUUGGACUUGGACUGUGCAGGUCUGGAAAGUCUGGGCAGGGCAUGGUCCACUCGGACCGGUGUCACCUUUUUCGGACGCAGUUCCUGGUGCGUCGAUGUGCUUUCUGGGGUGCUUUGUCUUUUCGGGGGUUCCCCGUUGGGUGGACUUUGUCACCUCUUGCCUUGGAGUGGAGGAGGGUCAUGUGAUCGGGCUGCAGCAGUAGGCCACGUAGCAGCAAGGAACACGGAAGCUGAGGAGCCUUUGUCGCGGAGCCUUAUGGCUGUUUCGGGUUGGUUCAGCAGUGGCCAUGGUGGUCUGGGUGAGCCCUUUUGGAUUUACCGGGCACUUGCGUUCUUGUCCCUAGUGGGGAGUUUUGGUGCGGCGGGUGUUUGUCUGGCAGUGAUCGGCUUGAGGCGGUGUUUUGGCUCUUCCCUGGGUUUGUUCAGGCGACUUCUUUCUUGGCUCAUCACUGGAUUUCACGUGGAGUUGUCGUUUGUUGAGGGAGGCCAGUUUUUGCACCGCAAGCCAGGUUCGUGCAGGUCAGUUUAUCGGUCUUGUUUGGGUGCUUGGACUUUUGGUGUGCUUUUGCUGUCCUUGCUUCGGAUUGGUGAAGCUUCACAUCCAGGCCCUGACAGUCCGGUGACUUGGCGCUUGGGGGUGGCAAAUCCCUCUGGCCUUAAUGGAAAAGUUGACCAGGUGGCAGCCUUAGACGGUGAUGUUUGGGUGAUGACCGAAACACACUUAUCGCAACAUGGACUUUCCAGGUUCAAACAAGGGCUGCAUGCCUUGGCCACUCCGUGGAAAUAUGUGGUUCCUGGCUCUCCUUGCCCCGUCCGGGGUUUGAAUGCUACAGGUACUCAUUCAGGGGUGUUGUUGCUGUCGCGUUUUCCCGCCCGAGCAGUAUCACACAGUUUUGACUUGGACUUAUAUGCCUCCGCUCGUAUGCAGGUUGCAGGGGUUGCAGUUCAGGGGGUGUGGGUUACUGUUGGCAUGCUGUAUGGUUUCCCUUGCAAUGCCAGUCACAAGCAAGCCAAGUUUCAGACCGAGAGUAUGUUGGCAGACAUCAUUGAUCGAGUUGCCUUUCAAUCAGCAGGGCCCCGCGUGAUAGCGGGCGAUUUCAAUUAUGCAGUCGAAGAACUGGGCCAACUCAAACGGCUGCAGGAACUUGGAUUUCGUGAGGUGCAAGAUGUUGCUGCUUGGCGGUGGGGGCUUGAUGUGUCGGCCACCGGCCGAGGGGCCAAAAGGAUAGAUCACAUGUGGAUUUCACCAGAACUUCAGGUUGCUUUGACCAAUGUCACUCUUCAUUGGGAUCAUUGGGCAGACCAUGCCUCGGUGGUUGCAACUUUUUCUGCUUUGGGGGGGCAAAUGAAGUAUGACGCCUGGCGCCAACCAGGGGACUUCCCUUGGCCAGAGCACUGGGAUGGUGAUUUUGUCUGGAAUGCGGAGCCUGAUUCCACCACGGCAUAUGCUCACCUGUGGAAUAGCCUUGAACUGCGUGCUGCUGCCUACCAUGCCUUGGGGGGUAAGUUGGUUAGUAAAGCAUGUAGAGGUCGUGCCCAGACCUUGACCACCAAAACUUGCUGUUACCGGUGGAGCCCAUGUAGGAAGGCCAGGUAUGGAGAAGUUCAACCGAGCUUCUUAGGGGUUAGCCUCCAGCAUGCCCGCUAUUUCAAACAGUUGAGACGUCUCCAAGCUUUGUCUCAGCAGUUGAAGGUCCGACCUUUGACAUGGUCUGCUCAGCUCAAUAGAGAUGACACGUGGAGAGCAGUGCGCAAUGCAGUUGGUUUCCCUGGUGGUUUUGGCCCGUGGUGGGCGGCUCAUCGACUCCAGCCCAGUUUCCCUCAUGGUAUCUCCUUGUUGUGCCCUGAUGCAGAAGUGGUUCAAGCCAUGUUUGCCUCCUACCAAGUAUGGGUGAAGUCCUAUGAAAGCCAACUUGCCCAAACCCGUUACCAGCAGGGAAAACAGAGACGCAGCCAGUCUCUUCAAUACGUUUUCAAGGACUGUCAAGCGGAACCGCCGCCCCAGGUUGAUAUGUUGCUCCAGCGGGUUGAAGCCGGAGUGGAUGAGGUGUGUCCUGAUGAUUGUUCGCUGGUUUUGGCUUCCCCUACAGAACUGCUGCCAGAUUUCCCUGUGGUUGUAGGAGGCAAAGUGGUUGAAGUGCUUCAUCACGAAGCUGAUCAGGUCUGGGUCAACGAUGUCACUGGAGUUGAAGUCGGCAUGCUCUUGACCCAAGAGAGCGCAGUUUUGCAAGACCGUGACAUUUUGUCGCAGUUCCGGCAGGUCUGGGAGCCUCGGUGGAAUAAGCUUUCACAUGUGGUAGAAGGCCAAUGGACUCAAAUUUGUGGAUUUGUCCAGUCUCGUCUGCAACCCAUGGUUUGGUCUUUUCGUCCUUGGUCCAGUCGUCGGUUUGCUGUUGCGGUUUCUCAUAAGAAGAAGUAUGCUGCGAAAGGGCCAGAUGGAGUGACCCAGCCGGAUUUAGCGGCCUUACCACCUGCUGGCCAUCAAGCUUUUGCUGACAUGUUUGCCUCGAUUGAGUCGGGGACCCCAUGGCCCAUGCAAUUGGCUACUGGGUUUGUCUCAAGCCUGGCCAAGCAGCCCGAUGCCCAAGCAGUGGACUCUUUCAGGCCAGUCACGGUUUAUGGUUUGCCCUACCGGGUUUGGUCAUCGGAGCGAGCCAAAGAGGCUUUGCGGUGUAUCAGUCGGGUGGUUCCCACCAGUGUGCAGGGGGGGCUUCCGGCUCGCCAGGCCAAACAAAUCUGGUACUCGGUUGCUCAAGCCUUGGAAGAUGCCUACAUGGAUGGUGCACCACUUCAUGGACUUUUGAUGGAUAUAAGGAAGUGCUUCAAUGCCAUUCCUAGGUUGCCGCUUUGGAAAGCACUUACUUGCCUUGGUUUUCCAGUCUCGGUGCUUCGUGCCUGGGUUCAGUUUGUUUCUUGUCAGGUCCGUCGGUUCAAGGUGCGCUCUAGCGUUGGUGAACCUAUUGCUUCGGUUUGUGGGUUACCUGAAGGAUGUGCCCUGUCGGUUUUUGGCAUGGUAGUGGUGGAUUGGAUGUUGGAUUUGUGGCUCCAAGAACUUCACAAUCCCCCAUUGCUCCAAGCUUUUAUCGAUGACUGGGGGGUUAUGUUCCGUGAAGGCUCAGCGCUGGACAGAAUUUGGACUCGAUUUCAGGACUUCACCACUUGCAUGGAUUUGACCAUCGAUUUGUCCAAGACCAAAGUGUGGAGCACUCAGCCCUCUACCCGUAGCAGUUUCCGUGCUGGACCUCUUGAGCUCUCCCAUGCUGUCCGCAAUCUUGGUGCUCACCAAAACUUUAGCCGCCACUGCUGGAAUUCAAUCCUCCAAAAACGGUUAGCCACAAUGCCUAUGGUUUGGGUUAAGCUCCGGGCCAGCCUGAGUCCCUAUCGGCAUAAGCAUGUUGCUUUGCGAAUGCUGGGGUGGCCCAAAGCUUUUCAUGGUUGCUCCAUUGUCCAUAUCGGUGGGGACCACUACAAGAAAGCGCGCUCAGGCGCCAUGAAAGGGCUGCGUGCAGAGCGCAAAGGUGCCAAUCCAGUGUUACACUUGCCCAUUGCCCAUCUCCAAGGGGAUCCGGAAGCCUGGGUCAUCCUUCAGACCAUCCGGGAUGCACGUGAGCUUGGAGGUCUUUCUAGGGUUGAAAAUAUGCUUGGACUUUAUGCGCAGGACCUGGACUUACCUGCUAAUGGACCCACUGCAGUGUUGAAAGCGAGGCUUGAACGGGUUGGGUGGAAGGUCGGUGGCAAUGGACUUGUGCAGGAUGGUCUGGGCAAUUUCAGUCUGAUGACAAUUGGUUGGGAUGAGUUGGUGCUGCGGUUUUCUCUGGCUUGGGGUCGCGUCAUGGCUCAGGCCGUUGGUCAUCGGUCCUCUUUCCUAGGGGUUCAACAUGUUGAUUUGGGUGAGCUGCGUUCUGCACUUCGACCUUAUGGGCCGGCGGACUUGGUAGUUCUGAGGUGUCAUUUGGAUGGAACGUUGUUUACACAAAAUGGCCGAGCCAAGUUUCAGGCUGGAGUCACGAACCAAUGCCCCUGGUGUUCCCAUACUGAUGGAUUUUAUCAUCGAGCUUGGGUUUGUCCAUACUUUUCUGACUGCCGUACUCAUGUCAGUGAGGAACAGCUUGCUGCGAUUGAGCAGUUGCCGCCAUGCCUUUCCGCGCAUGGGUGGCCAGUGGUCUUGCCUGAGUGGGAGAUAGUGUCCAGUCUGUUUCUAGGUCCCCAGGUCUGUGUCCAGUCUCCGGUCUGUCAAGUCCCUGUCCAGCAUGAUGCAUGGCUUGAUCUGUUUGUGGAUGGUACUGCAGCAUUCCCACGGGAACCAAAAUUGCGGUACGCAGCUUGGGCCGUCACAUGGGCUCAUGGAGGUGUUGGCACCUUGCAGCAUAAGGUUGUGCUUGGUGGCCACGUGGCAGGCCUCAACCAAUCGGCCUACAGGGCCGAAUUGACUGCAGUGUUAGCGGCAGUGCGGUGGGCAAAACAGGGUGGUUUUUCCGUCAGAAUCUGGUCAGAUUGUCAGUCAGUGGUGCGAGGUGUGAGAGCUUUGCUGCAGGGUGGCGCUGUGCGUGUCAAUAGAUCCCACAGCGAUCUGUGGCUUCAACUUUCAGACGUCUUGACAGGAUGGGGUGAGGACCAUGUCCAAGUGGCCAAGGUUGUUUCUCACGCAGAGGUGCACAAGGCGGAGGAUCCGCUGGAGGCAUGGGCGUACUGGCACAACAAAUUGGUGGAUGCAGCAGCAGCCUCGUUUAAUGCUCAAAGAACGGAAAUUUUUUGGACAGCGUGGCAGAGGCUUUUCGAUGCACUAGAUUUUCACCGCAAGUUGCACAAGGCCAUACUGCAAGUGCUGCUCAAAACGGGGCGGAAGGCAAUGGCGGCUCAGCAAACGGCUCCUGCCUACCGUAAAGUUGAUGUACCCGAGGCAGUUGUGGUGCCGGCAGCGCCACGAACCGGGUGGCAUCUGCCGACAAAGAUGUGUGUCAAGUAUGGGAAAGCGAAUGUGGAAGCAGUCCAUCGAUGGUGGAGUGCGAUUGGCAAUAGUGUGAUGGGACAUGAAGGACUUUUCUCCACAACACGUGGAGACUGCGUGAACAUGAAGGCCGCCAAAAUGGCAGAGCAACGGAAACGCUUCGAUAACCAGAAGUGCGCCACUGCUGAGCCCCGAAGUGAUGGGAUUCCAAUCGCAUGUGGUACCAUGCAGGAGAGGAAACACCUCGCAACCUUCACAGGCAGUGGGGACAGCGGCAGAGCUGAAUCUCCUGUGCUUCAGUUCGAGCCCUUCAAGCCCUGGCAUUGGUUUGCGCUGCUUCUUGAGCGCAAUGGCGAAUCGUGGCCAAUGUUGGAGAUGCCCAUGGUGUCGACAGGCGAACCAAAUCAGGCAGGACAAGAUGCUUGGACCUAUGCUGGCAAUUGGGAUUAUUCUGGCUAUGCCAACCAAUCUACGGGCCCUUGGGUGGAUCAACGGCAGCGCACCAAGUCUCCGAGACAACGUGCUACCAAAUCCCCAGCCCGGCAACAGCCUACCAAGAAGCAGAGCAAGGCAUCUGGUAUUGCCAAAAGAAAUUCUGGCACCAAGGCUCUCAAAGUUCCCGAUGCAGAGCCAGAUUGGAUGUCGUUCGAUGCCGACGAAGAGGAGAAGGAAUCUGCAACUGCUUCUGCGGAAGAGAAGCUCCAUCGAUUGGUUGCCGAGCUCCAGAAGUCGGAACAGCCUUUGUCGGAAGGAGUUCAGGAUGCAUUGACGGUGGCUACAGCGGUCACUCCAGAAGAAUCCACCCGCAAGAUGCAGAGUGCAGUUUCGCGUCUCUCAAAUGCCAGAGAUCAAUUGAUGCAAGCGCGUCAGGCACGCGACAAUUUGCAUCGCUCCUGGGCCAAGUUCAUCGCAGCGGCCGUGCAGCGUUGGAAUCAGCACGGCGAGAACUUUGGAAAGCAGGAUGCCAAGAUGCAGGAAGCCAUUCAGACUGCUAUCGGAAAGUUCCAGGCAGCCAAAGAAGAAAUGGAAGCUUCCAAGGAAGCUCUGAAUCAGUGCGAUCAGGUUUCCUCAGAAGUUCUCGAGAUCAGCGACGAGGAACUCAUGAAGGAUGCCACACCACAGAUUUCUGCGGACAUUCAGAGCAUGGUCACUUCCUUCGAAAAGAUUCGAGCCCGGCAGGCGGAGAGCUUCGACGAAAGUGCCGCCAAGAAGCCACGGCUAGACCCUGCCGAAGCAUCGACUGCGGAGGCCAAGAAGUCCGCUGCUUUGGUCGUUGGCUACGACUUAUGUUCCAUGCAAGAGGAAGGGUUCUCUUGCUAUCAGUUUGAUGAGGCGCCGAUGAAGUCUUGUGCUUUGAAAUCAUGUUUUGCUUCUCGUCGUGUACGCUUUGAAGAUGAAGUUCAUGAGGGAGUUCUACUUUCUUCAGAUACUUCGGCAGUUUCUUUGAUAUCUUCCGGGUGCACAGAUGGACCUUUCGUGGAACCGCUGUCUUUACAGGCCGUGUUGAUCCCGAAGGUUUCCCGGAAUACAACUCCUGAGUCUCAUGACAUAGGUGACUCUUUCAUGGGUGAAGCUUCUUCCUCAACGUCUUCACAACAGGACGUGACUUGCUCACCCUCUACAGUUUCCCCGGAUGAAGUGCCCGCUCUGGACGUUGCUGAGGCUUCUUCUGCCAGAGCUCAAGCCAUUCAUGAUCAACAGCAAUCUUGGUUGCUUUCCUUGCGCAGUUUAUGGCGUGAACAUGCGCAGGUUGACCAUGCAGAUGAAGGGCGAGUUUUGCAGGUGCAGACCUGGUAUUUGCAUCAUACACACCAACAGCGAUGCCAACAACCUCGUCCUGUACGCUUGGACUAUAUGGAUCAUCAUUGGCUUAAUGACGUGCGUGAAGCAUGGCGAGGUGUUCUUCAUGAAGGAGAACCUUUGCGUCUCACAGUGGUUCAACCGACCCCACCAUCUGAGGAUGCACGAUCUUUUGCUGCUCAUUUGAUUCUCUCUCAAGGACAUCAGCCACAACAGAUUGGGGUUCUUUUCACGGUGAGUUUCAUUGAAGAUCAUCGUACGCAAUUGCUGCAAGAAGCCGUUGUGUCGCCCAAUCACAUGAGUGGUCAUCAGGCGGUCAGGAUGAUGCGGGUUGAACCAUUCCUCCAAGAUCGUCGAUGGAUUGUGCGUACUGGUGUCAUGCAGUACCCCAAUGAUGAGCUUGAGCCUAUUGGUGACGGUAUUGCAGUCAGUAUUGACGUUCGAAUUCCCUCCUCCAUCGAGGACAAUGACAUGGUUAGCUUGGCUGCAUGGACUCAACACGUGCAUCCACCGCAGCAACCUGUUGUUGACAUGUAUCCUGCUGCCCAACAAGAUGAUAUAUUGCAUGAUGAUCAUGAUCCGACCGAGGGAUCUAUGUCUGAAUCUGCGGAGCAGUCUCAUGUUGAUCAAUUGCGGUUUUGCCAUCUGUUUCGGUUGGGCAAGAAGAUUUUUCACGGGCAUUUGCCGUGGAACAAUGCGGACACAAUCAAAUCCUAUGUUGAGGACAUCACAGGUAUUCCGGAAGAUGACAUCGUGGUUCUGCAUCAUGUUAAGGAUGGCCCUCAAGAUUUGCAGGCUGCUCACAUUGAACCUUUGCUUUUACAGGUCUAUGAUGAUCUGGCCGUUGGUUCUGUGCAUCGCAUGGUGCUGUUGGAUGUGGAAUUUCACGAGAAGUUGCCCAGUACUGAUGUCAGUGUGUCCAGACGAUGUGCCACUUUACCGCAGGUAGUCUCACGACGUGCAUUGUUGAGUUUCGCAGGCAUUGGACGGUACUGUGAAAGAGUACGCCAACGAUGUCUUGUUUGGCACAAUCAUGACUUAGUUGACUUACAGUAUCCUGGUCAUCUUCAUAUUAUGCAUGGAGAUUAUGUGAGGAUUGCAAUCCCUCCAUGGCCAGCAGCUCCAGCAGCUUUGUCUACUCGUGUCUGCGUCAGCCGAGUGCGUCAGAACCCCUUGAGAUUAUCCUAUGCUCCUCCUCGACAUCCUCGGCCAGAUCAUGAGGAUGGAAUGACGGUUGUUGAUGCCUUCAUUCGUGACCAUCGUGCUCUUCGCACUAUAGUUUCUGACUCAGACGAGGCUGCGCUUCUGCAAUCUGUGAUUGACUUUGCCAAUCCUGACCGAGCUGUUUCCUCGCUCCUUGCUUCUGAGAUCAGUGGCAAUAUUUGCGAUGCCCCAGCCGACAAGGUUGAAGAUGAACAUCCGCAACGGAUGCAGCAAUUUCGAGAGGCAGCGAAUCGAGUGCUACCAAACCAGCACCUCUUGCAGCAGCAACCGCCCCUGGUUCGGGAUCUGUUCCAAUUGUUUCUUCAGUUACGGGCGCAGCCGAAUACCCAUGAUCAGGAAAUCACUUAUGCACCUGUCUUUGCCGUACGUCAUGGAGCAGCCUUUCUUUUUGCGAUUCAACUGGUUGAACCUAUGAGCACUCUUGAACCUGUUUCAGAGGAUGAGGCAGUCAAUUUGAUUCAGACGAAUGUUCGCUGUCGCCCAGUUCUGGCUCUGGAUGAGAUGUUGCCUUCACCAGUUUGGGUGCAAGUUGAUUGCAGCAAAGUGCUUUUUCUGCGCACGCAACUCAGUUUAUGGGAACCGGUUCGGCCAGAUUUUCAGGUAGACCGAAUUCCUUGGCGUCAACCAACUUGGGAUGCUUUGGAGAGCUUGCUCUUAUGGACUGACGAGAUCCCGCUUGGCUUCACCUUUUACACUGAUGGUACUGUCUCAAAGCAGCAGGAUGCCGCUGCUGCGGCUGUUGUCUUGAUCGUUACCACUCAGCAGGGUCCGAGAUGGGGUGGAUAUGCGACAGCGUCCAAUUUGGGCAUUGCCUCCGCUCCACGUGCAGAAGCCACAGCGCUUUUCCUGGCUUUGCGUUGGCUUCGACAGCUUCUCUGUCACACGGCCACGCCCCAGCCUUGGAUUGAAUUGGCGUUUGAUUGUGCACCUGUUGCUGGUGCGGCUUCUGGUACGAAUGGCAUCACUACCAACGCAGAUUUGUUGACGGUCUUACGUGCAUUGGUGCAAUGGUUAGAAGCAGUUAGCCAGCGAUCCUUUGCUUGGCAACAUAUCCCGAGCCAUAAAGGUCAUCCCUGGAAUGAGGCUGCCGAUGUCCUAUGCCGUCAAGCUCUGAGAACUGGUCGCUACACGACGGACAUGCAGGCAUACCAUGAUCAAUGCACCUUUGACCAGACCGAAGAUGUCACAGUGCAAUGGCUCUGGCUUCUUGAGCAAUCUCUGCAGCAGCGCUCUGGGGCUCCUCACAUAGAGGGUAGAGCUUGGAAGAUGAACAUUGCCUCCCCAUUGACCAGCACACCUGCAGUUGAGUAUCAGCCAUUUUGGUGGCGACAACAGCAAGCCUCAGACGAGCCCAGGCGUGUCAUUCCCUUGUCUAUGCAACUUGGGUCGGCCAAUGUUCUGACGCUUUUCCCUGGUCAAGAUCAUGCCUCAGGGUACUUCAGUGCGCGUGCAGAAGCAUUGGCAGCUCAAUUCCACGAAACAGGCUUGCAUGUAGUUGGCCUUCAAGAAACCCGCAGCCGACUUGCAGGACAUGCUCGCCUACAAGACUUUCAUGUUCUUUCAGCUAGUGCGACUCAAAGAGGAGUUGGUGGUGUGCAGCUCUGGAUCCGUAGAAAUAUCCAGACCCGUCAGAUGUGCUUGCAGGUCGAAGAUUCUCAUCUUUACAUCUUGCAUGAGACAUCACAACGGUUGAUAGUCCGUUGGACGACUGGUCAUUUGCGGCUGAUUCUUCUUGUUCUACACGCACCCACCACAGACGAUGAGGGCACUCUUGAAGCUUUUUGGAAAGCCACCACCGAAGCUUUGCCUCGAAAAUAUCGAUCAUGGAGGAUGCUCCUUUUUGCUGACGCAAACAGUCGCGUAGGCAGUGUGACCUCAGUGGCCAUUGGAGAUCAUCAAGCAGUUGAAGAGAACACGAAAGGAGCUCAUUUUCAUCAAUGGCUGUUACAGCACAAUUUGAUGUUGCCUCAAACCUUCGCUGCGUUUCAUCAAGGGGACGGACACACGUGGACGCAUCCUUCUGGAGCUCCAGCCAGACUGGAUUACAUUGCCAUUCCAACGGCGAUGGCCGAUUCCUUCACUUGCACAUGGCUUGAUGCAAACGUUGAUUUAGCUAUACAUUGUGAAGAUCAUGUCCUUGUACGGGCUCAAGUGAACGUGCCAGUUUUGCCUUUGGUCAAGCGCAAGCCGCCUUCAGUCAAGUCUCCAGCUGGCGUACCUCAUAUGGCUUGGGCUACUGAUGUGCAUACACAUGCAGCGGCACUGCAGGCUUGGAUGCGGAAUCAGCAAGUCCCAGAAAUCCGUUUUCGCAAGGCUCACUUGACAGAUGACACCCGCAAGCUCAUUCAGGCCAAGAAGUUUCACCGCAAGCAUUUACUGCAAUUGCGUGCAGCCCGACGACGCGCUUUCUUAGUUCAAAUCUUCGACAGUUGGAAGACAUCCACCCCAGUUGAUGGUCAUUUUCGUGAUUGGCUGCGGCAGUGUGAUCAUCGUGAAGCUGUUCAUCUUGGUGCAUAUCUUGAUUUAGUGCCCAGAGUGGUUGCUGCGGUGCGUACAGAUGAUGCAUGUUUUUAUGAGCAGUUAGCGGAGCAGGCGGGUGAAGCAUCCAUGCACAGUGCUCGAAAGCUUUGGGCUGCCCUGAAACCAGUGCUGCCUCGCUGGAGAGCCAAGUUCAAAUCAAGCCUACGUUGCACAGGCCCCGACGUUGAGGACAAGAUCGCCCAUUACAAUGAACUUGAGGCUGGAAUACCCGUGGAGUACGAGCACCUUCUCGUCAAGUGUUCCCUUGCCCAACAAGCUCGCAUGAAUGAGGCUCCUCUGGCUGUCUCGCUGGCUGAUUUGCCCACCCGAUGUCAGCUUGAAACUAAUCUUGCCAAAGUGAAGUCCAAUCGAGCGCCAGGUGUUGACUUGAUCGCACCCCAUACGCUAAAGAAGUGCGGUUUGCUAUGCUCUGAUGAGAUUGCCAAGCUCUUCUUCAAGAUGUGGGCCACUGGCGCGGAGCCUUUGCAAUUUAAGGGCGGCUUGAUCCACAGCAUUAGUAAAAAGCACAAGAGUGUGCGAAUCCAAGACAUGCGUGGGAUCGCUCUUUUGGAUGGGCUUGGAAAGCUCGCGCAUGGUCUUUUGCGCACUCAGAUGCUCCCAACGCUCCAUGCCCUAAGGGCUCCGCUGCAAUUGGGAGGCUUCCCUCACCAAUCAACCUUAUUCGCCACGCACUACUUGCGAGCGUUUACACAGGCAGCGGCAGCCCAUGAUUUGUCUUCUGGGGUCUUAUUUCUUGAUAUCAAGUCGGCUUUUCAUUCUCUGAUCCGCGAGAUCGUGUUCGAUAUGCCGCAGGAGCUGCCUGCAAAGCUUGUUGAGGUCUUGCAAGAAGCUGGUAUUUCCCCGGACCAACCACAGCAGAGAUGUGAUUCUCCCAAUCGACUAGCCUCAUUUCCUGUGCCACUUCAGCGGAUGUUGGCUGAUGCUCAUGAACAUACAUGGUUCACGGUUGCGGCGUCUGAUGAACCGCAACAAACGCAUCGUGGAAGUCGACCUGGCAGUCCUUUGGCGGACGCGGCUUUCAACUUAUUGAUGACUCGUGUUCUGGUCGAAAUCCAGCAGGCAAUGAGCUCCUAUGUGCCCCUCCAGAUGGCUUUUGUGCAACUGGGUAUGGUGGCGCCCCCAGUGACAUGGAUCGACGAUGUAGCCGUACCGAUUGUGGCGACUUCACCUCAGGAGCUCCCCACAUCCUGCACUUGGAUCCUGACGAAGGUCCAAGAGAUUUGCUACUCCUUUGGGCUGAAGAUCAAUCUGAAACCCACCAAAACAGAGGCAGUUAUUGCGUUUCGAGGGCCCAAUGCUUGCGAGUGUCGCAGUGAGCUUUUCCAUGAUCGUCAAGGACUCAUUCAUGAUUUUGGAUCUGGACAAGUUUUCCGAUGCGUGCCCAGUUAUGAACAUCUUGGCACCAUUUACACUGCUGAUGGUACAGGUGCUGCUGAAGUUGCUCAUCGUGUUGCGCGGGCUCAACAUGCACAUCAUGAGGUUUGCAAGUCCAUCUUACGUAACCGGCAUUUAGCAGUGUCCACGCGUUUGCGGCUUCUUGAAGGUCUUGUUGUUCCUGUCCUAUUUCACGGAGCUGGCGCAUGGUCGCUUCUGAAUUCCAGGCAGCUUCAACGGCUACAGAGUACAUAUCUCAAAUGGGUGCGUGGUAUUGUGCAGAACGGAUUCUGGGCGCCUGCGAUGCAGACAGACACGCAUCUCCUUAUGGUUCGGCGGCUUCCCUCUGUUUCGCUUCGUUUGGCCAAAUUGAGGCUUUUGUAUGCAUUUCAUUUGGUCAAGGACUGUCCGGCCACCAUCAUUGAGAUGAUUUCCCUGCAGCAUGAUCACAAGCAUUCAUGGUUUCGUGCUGUUCGGCAAGCACUCAUGUGGCUUCAUCGGAUGGAUGACCUCGUCUGGUUCGGCGUCUAUUUCGUGUUGCUCUUGACCAAGGAUACCUGGUGGGACGCUUCCUCUUCGGCAGUUGCUCCUUCAGUGGCUUCUCUUGACGAACCCUUUGAAUGUCGGCUUUGUGCGCAUCGCUUUGCUACGCUUACUCAGAUGCAGACACAUCUUUGGACAGCUCAUGAAAUCAUUUCACCUGAGCGUGCGAUGAUGAGUUCUACUACGUGUGAGGCUUGUCACCUUUGCCUGUGGACUGCACAACGGCUUCAGCAGCAUUUGCGCUAUAGUCGGCGACAUCCUGGUGGCUGCUAUGAACGCCUCACUUGGCGACAGCAACCUCAUGUCACGGCUCCAGAAAUUGACAAGAUGCCACCUGGCGUCCUCUUUCAUCGACACCCAGCGAUUGUGGCUGCGGUUGCACCAACAGCGUUUGAGGAGACUAUCACAUCACGUGCCGAAGCUGACCGUGUAUGGCAGAAACACUGGCAAGCUGAAGGCCUUCCUGCACAAUGCGACCUCGCCCUGCAGCAGGAUGUGAUGCAGAAGAUGGAUGCGCUCUUAUGGGCUUGGACACCGCCAAAGUCAGGUGAGGUUGAUGAUAUUCUCUUUUCCCUCACCGCGGCUGUUGGUUCGGACUUCGAUGGAUUGGCUCCUCAACGAGAGGCUGCAUUUUGUCUAUGGGUGCUUCAACGCUUGUUUUGCUCUCGUUUUCGGCAUAUUGAGACACCAGUCUUUGUGCGACUCGAUCGAGCUCUACAUGACUUAGUGCGAGAGUCUGAUAUUGGACGCUUGCUCAGUUGGAAGUUGCGCAUGGAUGAAGCAUAUCAGCCUCUUAGCGCAGAUGGUGAUGUUACAGAUCCAGGUGCACGACCAAACUGCCUUGAAGUCAUGGUUGAUCCAUGUCUUAGCCAAAAUCGACUGUUAGACCCCCUGUUUGCUGGCUCAUUGGGAUCUUUUGCUAAACCCAGGGUUCCGAUUUGUUUGGAAGAUGGUCAACCAGUCAUUUGGCUUCUCCACUUAUUUAGUGGGCGUCGAAGGGUUGGAGAUUGUCAUUGGUGGUUGGAGCAUAUUGGCCGCUUUGUGCGGCCGGGCUUUCGCAUUUGCUUGUUGUCGGUCGACACAGCCAUUGACAAGCGCUUUGGUGACCUAUCCACUGGCCCCACUUUGCGACUGAUCCUCAACAUGGCGAGACGUGGAGUUUUUGCAGCGGUGCUUACGGGCCCUCCUUGCGAGACAUUCUCGGCAGCCCGUAACAUUGCGCUGGAUCAACAAGAUGGACCCAGGCCAUUGAGAACAGCUAGCGCCCCCUGGUGCCUACCGCAGCGCACUCCGCGUGAGUUGCGCCAAUGCGACACUGGUUCUGAACUCCUUUUCAACUCUAUGCAGAUCGAGGUGAGCGUGGUCAGUUCUGGUGGUGGCGCCCUCAUGGAACACCCUUGGGAGGCACAAGAGGAAGAGAAGGUCUCUGUAUGGCGCUUGCGAUGCCAUGAGGAGUGGGUGAUGCGACUUCCCCAUGCGCAUCGACAUCGCAUCGAACAAUGGCUCUACGGAUCGACUGGCGUUAAGCCUACCUGCAUCCGUGCCCUGCACCUCGGACCGCCCUCCAUCGUUGAGUGCUCCUUGCAGGAGGGCGCAGAGCUGUGGCGAUCGCGACCUACUCAAGGCCUUCGUGGACGCGGAGCUGAUGGAAAGUUCCGCACGGCAAAGGCUAAGGAGUAUCCUUCAGCUCUUUGCCGUAGUCUUAUUGUCUCAGUUUUGCGCGGUCUUAAUUACAGGAUCCGCACUUUUGGCACUGGUGAGCCAGCACAGUUGACUGCACACGAUCAGUCUUGGGAGAUCUUCAGAGCCCACGAGUCCAUCAUGGGUGUGAAUGCCUCCUUCACCCCGCGGAAGGUGCAGGAGGCCAGUUCUGUUGGCGAGUGCCUGCCCGGUGGUGUCUUUGAUGACGACGUCCAGACCGAGGCAGCAGCACCGGCCUACAGAAAUAACCAUCAACUUUUUGAUGAUGAUGAAGAGAUGCUAAUGAAGGCCCUGCUGCGAGUGGGAAGAGAUUCGUUUUUGGCCAGUGAAUGGAUUUUUUUUCCAACACUGGAUCCAUAUUGUUCAAAUCUGCCGGGUGAACAAACCACCACAAGAGUUAUCCCACCAAAAUCAUUCAUCGGGUCGUGUCUGACUUUUUCCAUGAGCAACAUCUGUGGUUUUCGGAGCUCCAAUUCCGACCUAGACCUACCUCUGGAAAAGGGCCGUGGCUGA